CUCUUCUUUUCUUUUCUUUUCUUUUUUUAUUCCUUUCAACAAAACACACUUCUCUGCACACAUGCAGUAUGACUCCUCUCUGGGGAAAUGUAACCCCCCCGUUCUCCGUCUUUGAUCUGAUCCAUCUUUUGCCAACUCGCUACCAGUAUCUUGGGUUUGCUUUCAUCCAACAGCAUACACCUAACAGAGGUCGACCAACCGCUUCUCCCGAGCCCUUGGGUUCCAGAUCAAAAGUAGAAGCUCCGGGUUCUGAAAAGCAAAGAGAUGGCCCUAAACCCAAGCGAGAGAUCCCGCGACAUUUCUCCCGCUCUUCCCGCCCAUGCCUCGGCGAGUAUUUAAUCCACAAACCAUAACAAAACAGGCAAUGCCUCCUGUCACCUCGUGAGUGGGCGCCCGGAAAUAGAUUGAAAAGAGGAAAC